GGGAGAAUCCAAUGGGGAAACAGGAAUAUUGCCAGCCAGCUUUGUGGAGAUUGUUGAAGAGAAUUCAGUGCCUUCGUCCUUAACUCCGUACCAAGAACCCCAGAGUGCCACAAAGCCCAGUGACAGUUCGACUUUAACAGAGUUUCAUUCUGAUGAUUACAGCAGGCCCUCCCCCCCUGCAUCAAAGGAAAGUAUAGAGACAAACAUGGACUAUAACAAGCCUGUCAGUUAUAGCUUUCUGCCUCCAAGCACUGGUGAGAGUAAACAGAAUAGGCCAACAUCAAAUCUGGUAGACCAGGUGAGAGAUGCCCCAGUGAAGCUCUCUAACACAUCUUCUUACUGGAAGACUGUGUCAGGGGAAGCAGAUGAUGAUGAUGACAUAUUUGAUGAUGAUUACUUCAAGCAGAACAUGCCCAGCAUCUAUACUUCUUCAAAGUCAGAGAGAAACAUAGCCUCGUCCACUAUAGGUCAAACACAGUUUAUGACACCCCCUUUGAGUGAAGCCAGUGCCUCCCCUGCAUUUGCAGAAUUGAAUGUGAGGCAAGAGAGCAAAAGUGUGGAUCUCAUUGCCACAGGAAGCAGGUAUGAGAAUUUGGGCUCUUGGGAUACAGGAACUCUUGAAGACCUUACCACACCUAGUGCCUUAGCCAGUGCUCAGGAGCUGGAUGAACUAAACAGGGUUAACUCAAUUUCGAAAAAGGUGGAGAGUUACUUCUCUCAGAACUUGCUGGAAGACUCUGGGGGAGAAAAAAUCCUGAGUCGUAAUAACAACAGUCUGUUGAAGGAUUACAACUCCCUUGCUUCACCAGGAUAUAAUGAAGACAACACGGGUAUUGAGCCUUAUGGUCGGGCUGUAUUUUCUUUCAGUGCCCAGUACCCAAAUGAACUUACCUUCAAAAAGGGUGAUAUAAUUCACCUCAUUAAACACAUUGAUUCACACUGGACUCUUGGCCGAAUUGGAGAAGCCAAUGGAAUAUUCCCCACGUCAUAUGUAGAUAUCAUAGUAAAUUGCCUACACAGUGAGGAGGAAAUGUUCCUCUUGCGUUCUGAAGGCUUGCCUCAGACAGUUUACCUGGGCCAUGCACAAGCAGCUUAUGAUUUCAAGCCUUCAGAAUCAGGGGAUGUUUCAAUGGUCAAGGGAGAUAUCCUUAAGAUUCUAAAGUUUGUUAAUGAUGAUUGGGUAAUUGUAGAGAACACAAAUGGUUCAAAAGGUAUGUGCCCUAGGAAUUACCUCCAUAUGUUAGUAGAGGGUUUGCAAGAGCAAACAGUGGCCCCAGCGAGUCUGUCUCUUAGCUUGACUUCAGAGCCUGCUGCUGAGAGAAUGUCCCGCCUGCCCAGCCAAGAUGUAGAGCAGGCUAGGUCAAGAAGUUCCUCACCCUACAAUGCUCCGGGAAACCGUCGUUCCUAUAAGAAAGAUGACUUUGGGUCUAUCAAGACCAAAGAGGUUGACCAAGAGCUGGCCAAGAACAUAGCAUCACUGGAUGUCACUCUGCGCAGCAAUAUUAGCCCUCUGGAGAAGAAGAGUGGAGAGAGUGUGUUCAGUGAGAGGGAGAGCAUUCAGAAUGAAAGCAUAAACAAAAUUCAGGUUGUCAGGAAAGCACCUGCAAGGCCUCUCUCUGUGCCUAAUAUGUCUUCUAGAGUGAAUAAAAAGUCUUCCACUGAUGGAAACACAGUAGUUACAGAGACAGUAGAUUUGAGAAGAAUGUCUACACCUCCAGUAGUUCAACCGUCUUCCUCUCCAACCACACCAUGCACACCCAGCACACCAACAAAUGUGCAGAUGUCUUUAGAGGACAAGGUGGCACCAGUGGCAGCCCCUCGAACCAUGAUCCUUCCUCCAGUCCCUCCAAGGACGAGAGUCAACAAGUCAGACUCCACAAAGUCAGUUGUGUCAGAAAGUAUUGCAGUGUCUCCUCCUGAAACUGCUGUAAGGGAAGACAAGCAUUCAACAGUCACAGAAGAACCAAUAUACUCACAAGUACAGAAGCCGCGACUCAUUGGAAAGCCGUCAGAGAAGCCGAGAAUACAGAAGUUAGAAAAGGGGACAAGCCUGACAAGGGGAGAUAGUGCCAACAGUGCAGCCUUUCCAGAUGACAUCUCAAGUGUUAGUGAAAAUAGUUACUCAUCAGGCUUGGCCAAUGAAAGCAUCACACCUGCUCUGACUCCUCAGAGGCCAGCACCACCUCCGCCACCAAAGGUUUUUGAAAAGGAUGAGGAACUGGAGGAGUACUACUCUCUGCCUCCUGACGAUUUGCAUGUGAGUAAGGAGCACAAGUCACUUCAAGCAGAAGAGGGGUUGGAUGCUGCAAGUGUUGAUGUUGAUGACAAAGCAAACAAAAUAGGUGAAGGCACCACAGCAUCUGCUGAGGAAGAUGCAGAAAAGGCAGCUGCUGCCUUGGAGAGAAGAUCGAACCAUCGCCAUGAGCUGGUGCAAGAGAUGGUGACAACAGAGUAUGAGUACAUCCAUGACCUUGAGGCGCUCAUCCAGGUGAUCCAUCUGGCCUCCUCACAGAAGGAGUCUCAGAUGGUCGAUAUCAAAACCCUUAUGGGGAACAUUAGUCAGGUUGUAGUUGUGGCAAAGAAAUUCUUGUCAGAGCUAGAUAAGGUUGCCUACCACAAAGAUGAAGAACUGAUGGUAGGGCAGGUAUUCCUGAACUGUGCCGAUGAAAUGUGUGAGGUGUACAAGGCAUAUUGUUCCAACCAUAAUGUUGCUGCAGAGCCUCUGUUAAAGAAGUAUAUAGAAGAUCCAGGACCUGCAGCCUUCUUGCAGUGGGUGUUGCAGGAACUUCAGCAGCACAAGAUUCAGCUAAUGGACAUGAGAUCAGUCCUCAUCAAACCAGUCCAGAGAGUCCUAAAGUAUCCCCUCUUCCUGGACCGCCUUGUGAGUGAAACGCCUAUGGGACACCCAGACUUCAAGGACCUAACGGAAGCCAAGACCCGGAUGGCCAACGUGGCCAAAGACAUCAAUGAGUAUACCAAGAGGCUUGACCUUAUUAACAAAUAUCGUGCUGGAGGGGACCAGUCUCUCCAGAGCAAGAUGCAGAGAGUGAGUAUGCACUCAGUGGUAAAGAAGUCGGCCAGAAUCUCAGCCAUGGUUUCGGAGAUGUUGGGCAUCAUGAGCCAGACAAAAGACCCUGAAUUUGAUGAGGAAGUUGCCAAGUUCCGAUGUGUGCAGAAAGCAGCACAGACAAUGGCGCAGGAUGUCAUUUUCCUCCUCCAAGCAGUCAUUGCACGUCACAAGGCUGAGAUGGACAUCUCGAGGAGUCUUGCUGCAAUUCUCCUUCAAGCGGCAGCAACCCCAGAGAUGGAAUCCAUCCAAAGGGUCACACAUGACACUUGUAAUAGGCUCAUCAAGAUGUUUGAUUCCUUCAUUCAGCAAAGGGUGAUUCAGCCAGCAAAGCAGCUGGUGAACCUGUGUGAGGUGCCAGAAAGGCUGAUCCAGAAGAGGUAUCAUAAGAUGCUCGAUUACGACAAUGCACAGUACAAGCUGGACAAAAACAAAGAUGCUACCAAGACCAGAAUUCUGGAAGAGGAGCUGUCACAGAUGAAGGGCACGUAUGAGGCCCUGAACACUCAGCUGAUGAUGGAGCUGCCCAUCCUGACAAGGUGCGGUAGUGAGGUCCUCUCCCUAGCCACACGCUCCCUGGUGGCUGCUCGCAUGUACCUACAAGGCCACCUGGCCAAGCUCUACCUGCAAUUGGCUCAGAUCCCAGGAUUGUCUGACACGGGUGAGGAGGACAUGCUGGCCCAGUUCCGCGUCAAGUACCUGCAGCAGAUGGGUGAAUUCCGUCAGCUGAGUUUCAUCCCAGCUGACACCCUCCAGAAAACGCUGCCAAGAGCCAAGCAGCGAAGCAGGAAGUCUACAGAUAUCAGUGCUAAUAAGAAGGAAACACCUGAGGCAACAAGGAAGAAGGUAUUGAACAGCUACCCAGCAAACCUCGUUUAUGUUGUGACGGAGGUGCACACGCCAGCUGAGGUCAUGGAGCUGACGCUUUACCCAGGAGACCACGUAGCACUUCUGAAGAACAAAGAUCCCCUUGGCAGAACGGACAGAUGGUUCAUUGAUGAUGGAGACAACAAGGGCUUCGUGAGAGCAUCAUCCCUGAGACCUCUUCAGGGCUAUGACAGCAGGGUUCCCCCCAGUGCUUCCCAGCCCUCCACACUCCCCAGCUCAGCUCAACCCUCAGCCCCUGUCAUUUCACGUCCAUCCACCCUCCCCCGUGCUGCCCCUACCCCUCCCCUGCCUGAACGGCCACCACGUUAUGAGGAUCUCUUCCCUGGAGCCUCAGCAGCAGCUGUGGCACCCAGGGCUCUGUCACAGGCUCCAACAAGUAUGCUGUUCCAUCCCCCACAGCAAACCCCUCCUCCCCACUACCCCAAUCAACAGUCGGACCAGGGUGCAUUUCCUCUCCCGAACAAAGGUGGUUGCCAAGAGCUUACUGCAAGGGGGCCAUACUACACACGGGUUGUGGAGAGUGAAUACUAUGCACCUCCGCUUGAGAGACAGCAGUCCAACGAGUACAACUCUCCAGUUGCAGAGGAAAACAAUAUCUAUGAAGAAAUUGAUCAGGUGUCUGAGGCUUCUGCGCAAAAGAAAGAUAGCAAAGAGCCAGAUGAAAGUCCCAUCUAUGAGGUCAUUAAGGAUGGUCAGUUAGUGGAGGAAGCCACCUACUGCAACACAGACCAGGACACACUCCCAGAAGCAGAGGCAGAAGAGUUUCCGUUCUACUAUGCAUUAUACAACUUUGGUGGCUCAGACAACACUCAGCUCAACUUGGUGGCUGGACAGGUCGUUCUUGUCCUGCACGCCAAGUCAUCUGAUUGGUGGUUUGUGGAAGAUCGCACUGGACACCAAGGUUAUGUUCCUGCUUCCUACCUCACUAAAUAUUCAUGAAAAAUAAACUCAAACAGGUUUAA